AUGUUCCGCAGGGCACGCCUUAGCGUGAAGCCCAGUGUCAGGCCUGCGGCAGGCGCCGGGGGCUCCACCGCCCCCAAUCCACAGCGUGAACGAGAGGCUCCCAGGCCGCCGGAGCCUGCACCGGCUUCUGUCCCGAAGCCAGCAGAAUCCACACAUGUGCCCCCGGUGGAUUGCGGGAAAGAGGAGCCCCGAGAAAAAUAGACUCCCAAGAGCAGUGAUGAAAAGACAGACGGUGGGAAGGAUGUUGAAGAAUCCAGUAAAUCUUCCUCUACCGUUUCACAGAGAAGAAAGCGAGUAUCAAGUACUUUCAGUCUGGUUAAACCUAGUGUCAGUGUUCCUUCAGAACCUCAUCCUUUAUCUACAGUGAAUCGAGAAGCUCCACAGCCAAACCUUGUUCCAACAAAAGAGAAACAGCCAUGCUCAGGCAGAUACCGAAUAUAUAAAGCCCAGAAACUGAGAGAAAUGUUGAAAGAAGAAUUGAGGAAAGAGAAGAAGCAAUGGAAAAACAAAUAUGCUGUAAAUGAAAGUCAAAGGCCACCAGAUCGUUCCAAAAUGACUAUGAGAGACUUCCUAUAUUACCUGCCAGAUAACAAUCCAAUGACUUCUUCACUGGAGCAAGAAAAGAAAAUUGAAAAAUCAUUGACACCAGUCCAGACAAGAGAGCAAGAAGGUAAGAGUAGUCCUGAUGGUGAAGAUAAUGAAGAAAUAGAAGAGGAGAUGAAUGAUGGGCCAUUGCUGGUUCCUCAAGUAAAAGUGGCAGAAGAGGGUUCUAUCAUUUUGGAUGAAGAAAGUUUAACUGUAGAAGUCUUAAGAAUGAAAGGCCCCUGUGUUGUUGAGGAAAAUGACCCCAUAUUUGAGCGUGGUUCUACGACUACAUACCCCAGCUUUAGGAAAAACUAUUACUCUAAACCAUGGUCAAAUAAAGAAACAUAUUUUUUUUUUAGCCAUCAGCAUGGUAGGAACUGACUUUUCUAUGAUUGGACAGCUUUUUCCUCACAGAGCCAGGAUAGAAAUUAAGGGCUUCCCUGGUGGCAUGGUG